GCAAGAAAUAUAAAACUUACGAAAUUGGAAAAGCGGCAUAUAUCAAACAGAAUGACCAGUAAUGAAUGUGACGUAAUAGUUAUAGGGGCUGGACUUUCUGGACUCACCGCCGCCUAUCAUCUGAAGAAGAAGGAUCCUAAUUUACAUUUGCUAGUAUUAGAGGCGAAAGAUCGAGUUGGAGGUAGGACAGUGACAGUUCCACUCAAGUCAGCUGAUGGAACAGACUACUGGGAUCUGGGGGGUCAGUGGGUUGGUAGGUCGCAGCCUCACAUCAUGUGGCUACUGGAGGAAUUACAGCUGAACACGUACCUGCAGUAUACCGAGGGGAAAAAGUUCAUGCAGCUUGGAGAUGAGAAGAUCCGUACUUACAUUUCCAACAUUCCGACGUUUUCUCUGUGUGGUCUUCUGGACCUCUUUAAUUUUGCCAACAAGAUAAACAAAAUGGCUUCCUUGGUGUCUGUGGAGGAUCCAUGGAGCUGUCCACAUGCAGCAGAGUGGGAUGCCAUGACAUUAGAAACUUAUAAGAAGAAAACAAUCUGGACAAAAGCUGUGUCAGAUCUCAUUGAUGCUGCUGGCAGAACCAUACUGGGAAUGGAGAGUUCACAGAUAUCACUCCUGUUUUACUUGACCUAUGUCAGUGGUGCUGGCGGAUUAAAAAACCUCACAGAAGCUGGCGACUACACUGGGCAAGAGAUGAAAAUAAAGGGUGGUUUGCAGCAAGUUUCCAGAAAACUAGUUGUCAACAUUGGUGGUGAGAACAUCAGGCUAGGUGAACCCGUGUUGUCAGUUGCUCAGACCGGUGAUAAUGUAUCGGUGACAACUGUAUCGGGAGUCAAGUAUCACUGUCAGAAGCUGAUCAUGGCAGUUCCUCCGACUGUUAUUGGUAAAAUAUCAUUCCGCCCCGAUCUGCCAGCAUUCAAACGUGAAGUGAUCAGACAUAUGCAGCCUGGUAGCGUAGUCAAAGUGAUCAUCACAUAUCAGAAGGCUUUUUGGCGACAUGAAGGUUUUUCUGGAGAGAUCCUAACAAACGGUGGCCCAUCACCAACGUCUGGCUGUUCCAGUAGCCCCCUCUGUGUUGUAUAUGAUUCCACCUCAGCCAAUGAUAACCCAGCUCUUGUGGCCUUCAUUGGAGGAUACCAGGCAGUGGAGUGGAUGCAGAGAACAGCGACAGAGCGGAAACAGUGUGUGCUGGUACAGUUGUCUACCUUCCUGGGAGAUGAGGUCUUUGAACCACUACAGUACAUUGAGAAGGACUGGAGCACUGAACCGUACAGCGAGGGGGGACCUGUGUGUGCAAUGGCGCCAGGGAGUAUGCAGUAUUUCUCCAGAGGGUUACGGGAGCCCAUUGAUAGGAUCCAUUUUGCGGGGACGGAAAGUGCCACUGUUUGGUUUGGUUUUCUUAAUGGAGCUAUCCAGUCUGGACUGCGGGCAGCCACGGAGGUUCUGAUGGACCUCAGGCCACAGACGAUCACAGCAGAUGACCUGAAGCUGUGCAAGAUGUCUGUACCAAACAGAUUUGACUCUCAUUACGAGUAUCCCUGGUGGAAGAUUCUAUCUCUUGUUGCUGCUGCUUCCCUGGUUGUCUCUGUGUCAGUGAAACUCAUAAGGUUGAAGAGAUAGAUGUGGAAGAGAUAAGACUCGGAUAGACGUUGAAGAGAUAGACUCCUUAAUAACUGACAAACAGAAGCUGCUAUGAAUAACUGUGAUCAACAGUAGCCGAUUCAGUAAUGCAUUUAAAGUGAUUGUCCUGAGUUUGCUGUCAUUAUAGCAUAUUUCCGACUAACAAAGCCUUUUUAACAACUAAAAUUAUACAUUAAAUACAUUUUCUUGUUUAAAAUAACGUGUUUCCGAUUGUCCAAGUAUUUGUAUUAUCUAAAAGUUUAUUUUACCUCCUCAGAUAUUGUCGGCGAAAUGACAAAAGGUCGUAACUACGCUUUUGGCGAGAAAUUACUUUUUGGAAUUUCCAGAGUUAGAAUGUUCAUAUUCUGCUUUUGUCAAAAGAUCGUAACUAUUGGCCUAUUAGAAAGUGGUUGACUGUCAAAUGACAAAUAGUCGUAUUAUAACCGGUCCAAAAUGACAAAACGUCGGAUCUACAAAGCGGGAAGCUAGAGUGUGGACGUGACGCUCAGCAUUACAUUAUGUUCACACAUUACAUGGAUUACAUGUAAAUAAAACCAGUUAAUUACACCUGAUUGUAUGUGUAUUUAAUCCAUGUAUAGAUCUUGCCACAUUCCUUGAACCUGUGUUAAAUUCUAGAUCAAAAUGUCGUAACUGACAUUUUCAACAAAUUUCAGGUGUAAAAUGUUGUAAGUACAUUUGUAGACCUGACACAUAGGGUAAAACGUCCUAAUUUCAGAUGUAGCCAUAACUAUGGUACACCCACUAUUAAGUAGUUAUCACUAUUAACUGUUAAUAUGUUCGCAUAACAACGACUAUAACAAAAUAAUGUAUUUUUCGAAAAAUAUUCAGUUUUUUUGCUCUCUUGUAAAAAUUUUAAAAGUUUAGUUACAAGGUUUUGUCAUUUCGCCGACGAUAUACAUGUAUAUAUUUUGUACAUAUGAAUUUAUUGGGAGAUAAAAUCUAGUCUUGAUUUCUAGAAACAUUCAAGCAGUCAGAAACGCCCUAUAUAUACAAACACUAAUAUUCUUAUCAAGAAAGUGCAUUUCACAUAUAAUUUUAGUGAUAAAAAAUCCUCUGUUGGUAAAAAAUGUCUUAUAUUCCCUUUAAUAUGACUCUUGGUAAUAAUAAUAAUAAUCAUAAUUUAAAAAGAAUCAGCUAGUCCUGGUACCAAUAAUAGAGAACCCGUUCAUCAAUUUCUAGUAAAAUAAUGGGCACACCUUAGUAAAAAACCAAACAAAAUUAGCAGUGGAAAGUAAAAUAAUUGGACAUUCCUGGACUGGUUCUUAUAAAUCUUUUAAAGUCUAGACUUAAGACUCAAAUAAGAGUCUUGAGACUUUUAACAACAUGGCAAAACCAUAAAACCUGUGUGCAUAUGACAUUAAAGAUUUGAAUUUAAACUCUAAAGUUUUAUAAGUACGGACCCUGAUACUAGGGAUAUUGAUUGUGUUUGUGAUGAUCAAAAUAACCAAAUAAGAAUAGUUUGGUGGAUGUUAGGCCAAACUAAAUAAAUUUUGCACGUCAACAUUUUAGUUUUUUUUUUAAUUUCCUGCAAUAUGAAGUUGAUUUUUGCUGGGCUUUUCUUGCUGUGACUUAAAACUGCAUUUAGAGCCAAAAUGUCAUGGUGCAUGAACUAGGACGUGCAUUCUGAUUUCAAUUUAAAUAUGCCCCUUAGUUUGGUGUCAAAUAUACCCAUCUUUUCUGUGCAAUCCAUGCAUUUAAAAAAAAAAAAAAUUAAAAAAGCAUCAUCGCUACAUCAAUGUUUGAACUUUGGUCUGACCACAGACCGACUUUUUGUUUUGAGGGAUUGGUGGGGGGGGGGGGGGGGGGCCUUACCCUCAUUACAACAAAUUGGAUGUUUGGUCUGUUGUGAUCAUUACUUGACCAACAAAAAAAGAGAUAUGCAUGUUGUUAGAUGUAUUCUUAUUUUGAUUGUCUGAAACAGAAAUAUUCACACUCUGUAUUCACUGUAAAAAAAAAAAAAAAAAAAAAGGGAUGGGCGAUUGGUUCUGAUAAAAGAAUGGGCCAUUUUUUGUAAAGGAUUUGUGUGGCCUAAUAAAAAGAAUGAGCUAGUCCUAAUAAAUAAUUGGCCAGUCCUUAUGAUAGAAUCUGACAUUUCUUAUGAAGGAAAGUCCUAGUAAAAUAAAGGGUCUGGUCCUAAUAAAAGAAUGACUGAUCUUAAUAAAACAAAAUGGACAGUCCUAAUAAUAUAAUUGGGUUCUCCUUUUAGAAGAAUGGACUAGUCCUGGGGGGGAAAAAGUGUACUGCUAGAAGAAAGGGAGUUGUGUUGGUGGAGACAUCUAAACUUUUAUUUCCCACUAUUAAAAGCAACUGAAGAUUUUCUUAAAUACAGGUGCGUAAGCAUAAUAAAUAUAUGUAGUUAUAGGCAUGUAAGAUAAAAACAAGCAUUGUAAAUUCUGCUGAUACUGUUUAAGUGCCAUCUGUCCUGGGUCAGAUCUCUGGCUAAUCAGAGACCAGAGCCGUGACGGACAUGCCUGAAACCCCAGUGGUAUAGGGGCAUGUAAAAACAGUUCACCUUCACGUUUAAAUGCCUUACUUUUAAAAUCACUGCUGAAAUAAAACAGAAAUAUUCAGGGUUUUUUUUUAUUCUAGUAAUUUUAAUAUUAGAUAUUAUGUAAUUUGUUAGUGCUACGGUACAUACAUCUUUAUUCCACUGUGGGGUAAUUUUUAAUACAAGAUCUGAACUUGUUUUCUAUAGAUCUUAUCCAGUCCUUCUUGACGGAAUAACCCUGCUCAGACUAAAAGUCCCGGACUGGACACCUGGCUAUCCAGAGGCCGAGCCCGGGAUGGACAUGCCUGAAACCUUAGUGAUAAAGGGGCAUGUUAAAGCGUACUCUCUCUCUCAGACUAAAAGACUAUAAAACUGGUAAAUCUGGACACUUGCACAUUUGUUUUAAAAAAAGGUGGAAAUAAAUGCAAUUCAAGUUUUUUCUUUGUCAUUUGAAGUGUGUUUCAUAUUGGUCUGUAAAAUCUAUACAUGGCCCUGACAUUGUAACUGUCAGUUAUCUGGUUUUAAGGCUGUUAGGUAAUGAGUUUAUAUUCUAGUACUGUCAUCUGCUUAGAGUAGGGAUCUUUUAUAUACAUCUUCCACAUAAACAGGACAACACAUACCAUGGGCUUUGAUAUACCAGUUGUGGGAAUAUGAUAGGACGAGGGAAAUUAAACAAAUAACAGGUUCACCAAACGUGUUCAAUGCUAAUUUUAAAAUAAACUAGUGACCAUAAUACCUACACACACAUACAUGCUUUUUUGAAUUAUGUUUACCAUACAAAUAAUUUCAUUCUGCUUUUUUUUUUAAACUCCCUAUGUUACAUUCCAUUCACAACCUGGGACUAAUUUUCAAAAGUAAGAUAGUCAAACAUAAUUACAAAAAGUUGAUUAAUGAUUUAUUUGUACAUGUAUCUUUGUAUAUGCAUAUAGAAGUUUUACUUAAAAUAUAUAUUUGAUUGUUAAAUUUGUUUUUUUAUAUUUGUUUGUAAGUAGUAAUAAACAAGUUACAAUUUAA